CUGCCGGGACUGAAUGCACUCCACAGGGACAGUUUAUUUUUAUUUCAAAUUUCAGAAAGAUACGUUGACUAUUUAUGCUUGCAACACAUCGACGAUACCGGCAAAAACACUAAAGUGUCUGCUUGCUGUAAAACUAAUCAACAGUUGAACCAGCGGUCACAUGUGCCUAUCUGUGACAGAAGGAACAAGGAAGAAGAAAAUCAUCUGAAAAGCGAGCCAUGGCAGCUGAUCUAGAUGUGGUGAACUUGUUUAUCAUUGCGGGGGGAACACUGGCUAUUCCCAUCCUGGCCUUUGUUGCUUCCGUCCUCCUCUGGCCCUCAGCACUCAUUAAAGUGUAUUACUGGUACUGGAGGAGGACUCUGGGCCUGCAGGUGCGCUACGCAGACUGCGGUGGCUAUCGCUUCUGUUACACCUACAGAGGAAAGCCUGGGAUGAGACCCUCCAUUUUAAUGCUGCAUGGCUUCUCUGCUCACAAAGACACGUGGCUCACUGUUGUCAAGUAUCUACCAAAACAUCUGCACAUUGUGUGUGUGGACAUGCCUGGCCAUGAGGGAACAACACGCACCAACACAGAGGAUUAUUCCAUUCAGGGGCAGGUCAGAAGGAUCUAUCAGUUUGUGGAAACCAUUCGCUUAAACAGGAAACCUUUCCAUCUGGUUGGAACCUCUAUGGGGGGAAAUGUGGCCGGGGUUUACGCAGCCUGCUACCCCUCAGAGAUCUGUAGCAUGACUCUCAUUUGUCCAGACGGUAUAAGACACCCGUGUGAGACCAAAUUUGACAAUCAACUGCAGGACCUGGAGCACAGCAAUUACACAUUAAACAUCCCGCUGAUCCCUACUACACCCGAGGAGAUGGAGGACAUGUUCAGACUUUGUUCUCAUGUUCGCUUUAAAAUCCCUCAGCAGAUUCUCCAAGGACUGGUAGAUGUCCGGCAGCCUCACAACACAUUUUACCAAGAAGGUGGUGGAUGUCUCUGGAGCUACAGUCAUUGCAGAGGCGUUGCCUGGAUGCAGAGUGGACCUGCUGGAGAACUGUGGACACUCUGUGGUGAUGGAGAGGCCUUGUCGGACAGCCAAACUCAUCCUGGAGUUCAUCAUCUUGCAGCAAGAUGCCAGGGGCGGCAAAAAGAAAUCUUCCUGAACCAAAGACUUUUAAUCAUUUAAUUUCCACUGCAAUGCUUCACAUCUUCCUUGCACAUGACAUGCAUAUGUAGACAGAUGUCCAAGCUUAAAAAAUGUACAUUAAGACAGCAAGCAAUAUAGUCCCCCAGCAUUUCUUAGAUGAUAAAAUAAAUCGCAUUUAAUUUAUAAUGUAAACUGGA